GGAACACUGACGCGGGGUGCAUAUCACCCCACGAAAAAAAUAAACAUUGGCAACUCUGCGCUGGUAGCCACGAGUAGAUCAGCAUUCCUUGCUGGGUUAGUCUCAAGGUUGCCCUAGGAGGGGGUGCACGUGUGUGUCUGGUGGUGUUCUUGUUGUUGUUGUUAUUCUUGUUUUCGGUGCAGCACACCCCACAUUAGUGUUCCAGUACUAUAUGUCAUGGGGUGACCCACACCCCACAUAUGUGUUUUAAGGUGUACAUGGGGUGUAUAACACCCCACUUUAUGACAUACUGGGGUCCAUCCCACCCCAGGUUUGUGUUAUAUGUCAGGAUACUGGGGUCCAUCCCACCCCAGUUAUAUAGUUUUGUACUAUAUUGCUUAUCCCAAUUCCCUUAGUAAGUGUUAAAUUUUUUGCUGCUACUACUACCACCCCGUCAUGUAGUGAUAGUGAGUCCAGUGACAACGUUGAAGGGUCAGAGGAUGCUGAAAAAAGACUGAAAAAAAAGAAGGAAACUACCAGAAAAACACGUAGCACAUCGACCCCAAAGAAAAAAACCCGUAUUGUUGGACCAAACCCUGGAAUCUAUCCAGUUGAUAGUACCUCUUCCACCUUAGUUGAUAUACCUUCUCCUUCUUCCCCUAUAGCUGGACCUAGUAUUGAUGUGUCUAUUGCAGCCAACUCUUCUUCUGCUGCCCCUUCCACCCCUGCAGCCAGUGGUCGUGGGAGACGUAGGAGACAAGCUGAAGUUGAUGUUCCAGUUCCACCUAUAGUAUCGUUUGAUACUGCUACUUUGGAUGCAAAGCAUGGGUUCAGAUGGUGUACCCGUCCGCAGUCAAGUACCAAUCGUGCAGCCAGAAACAUUGUCGCCGGUAGACCCGGACCAAAUGCUGAAGCACAAGCUUGUCAUUCCCCAGAGGAGUGCUUUAACUUAUUCCUUGACGAUUCAUUUCUGGAUAUAGUCUGUCAGUGGACAAACAAGAAGAUGGAGAUUGUAGCCAGUAAGUACAAGAAGAAAACAUCAACACAUAAAAAUGUGGAACGGGAGGAGCUAAGAGCAUUCAUUGGGGUGCUAAUAUUUUCGGGAUGCCAAAAGGAUAGCCAUAUGUCAACCUGUGACAUGUGGUCUGUUGACAUCGGUGCGGCACUUUACCGUGCUGCUAUGUCGCAGGCUCGUUUUGAGUUUAUACUUGGCUGUUUACGCUUUGAUGACCCACAGACAAGAGAGAUGAGAAGAGAAACUGACAGAUUUGCACCUAUCCGGGAACUAUUUGAUAAAUUUAUGGAGAAGUGUGAAAGGCACUAUACACCCAGUGAGAAUCUGUGUGUUGAUGAACAGUUGGUAGGAUUUCGUGGAAAAUGUUCAUUCAGGAUGUAUAUCCCAAGUAAGCCAGCCAAGUAUGGCAUAAAGUUGGUUAACAUAAAUGAUUGCAAGAGUAAAUACCUGCUAGGAAGUAUCCCGUACCUCGGAAAGGAUAAUAUACGGCCCUCAGCUGGAGUAGGACUGGGCCAUUAUUAUACUAAGGAGCUCACAAAGCCAUACCACAUGACAAACAGAAAUGUGACCACAGAUAAUUGGUUCACCUCCGUAGGACUUGUCGCUGAUCUUCUGCAAAACUGUGGAAUGACCUUGGUUGGAACGGUGAAGGCAAACAAGCGAGAACUACCAGAGAAGAUAAAGACCAAAGAUAAUCGUGAACCUGGAUCAAGUGCCUUUCUCUUCACAAAAGAGAUGACCCUGGUUUCAUAUGUGCCUCCAGUAGGAAAGACGGCUAAGAAGUUAGUCCUCUUGCUCUCAUCUAUGCAUAGCCAGCCAGUCCUGCAAGAGAACGGAAAACCUGAGAUUAUAGAAUUUUAUAACCGCACCAAAGGAGGAGUUGAUGCAUUUGAUGGAAUGUGUGCCCUGUACUCUUGCAACAGGAAAACUAAAAGAUGGCCACUUUGUAUCUUUUACUGGAUAGUGAAUGCUGCUAUUAUCAAUGCAAAGGUACUGUCCACAGCACACCUAGAGACGACAGGAGUUACCAAGUUUCCAGAACGCCGUCGCUUCAUGCUACGUCUUGCAAGAUCAUUCAUACGGCCAUGGGCUGAGAAGAGGUUGUCGAGUGCCACUCUCCCACGGAACCUAAGAACAUUGAUAACUACUGUCUGCAAUACUUCAUCAGUAGUCAACACACAGUACCCAACUGGCCAAGUACUUGCCCAAUGUAACUACCCUCAGGUACGCUGUGCUGAGUGCCCCCGCUCUCAAGACCGGAAGACACGCAUCAGGUGCCUGAAAUGUCAACGACCUGUGUGCAAAUCCCACUUGUACCCUACAUGUACAAGCUGUCUUGAGCUUGUGUGAGAUGUGGUGCCAGAAUGCUGAGGGCUGCUGAGGGGAUGGAAGAAGGAUUCAUUUCACCAUGGCAGGAAGCCCGUUUCUCUAAAGAAAUUUUUUUUUUUAUAUAAAUUUUUUUUUUUUGGGGGGGGGGGG